ACCCUUCCACUGAGCUGGAGUGGCCAGCACAGUGUCGACGCCGCUGUCGACAUCCACACUUUGCCUCCAAGUAAUUUACAGGUGCAGAUAUCCGGAGUGUAACUGGACUUUCCGUAGAUCGCAUCAGCGUGCGAGGCAUGAGGCCACGUGACCUUGCGAAACGUGAACACUUACGCAGAUUCUCACAGCGUUCACGAAAGACGGCAAGACUUUCAACGUACCUACUGCUCCAAGCGUUUCGGUCGCAGCGACAAUUUACGAGGACAUGUCCGUAGCUUUCAUACACGGUCCGAUACCCCAUCAACAACUUCUCGCCAACCUCAACGCUCGGUCGAUGCUUCAGAAUUGGGUUCUUUUGCGUUCGACGAUGCACUUUGGCUUCCGGGUGAUGCCUAUCGCUGUCUGUAAUCUACACCCACACAGCGAUGAAGUAUUCUGAGCGAAAAUUGGAGGCACAGAUACACGAAGCAUGGAACGUUGCAUAAGAGAGCAUGACCAUGCCUCAGAGAUCGUCGCAUCAUACUAAAAAUUCCCUCGUUGUGUCCCGUCAUCCUCCUCACAUUUGUGCUGCACCCUGCUCAAUGAGGCUUUACGUAAUUAUUAACGUGGAUGUAGGAACAUUCCGUCUGCUCUGCCAUGGCCUAGGUUUGCGAUGGCGUCCUCGGGCAUCUGAGGUUCCUCCCGGUGAAGAUCUCGCGGGGCUCACAACGGUCCCUCCUCCGCCUCCUCCACCUGCUCCACCUGCUCCAACAAGUGCACACUCACCCAGGCUCCGUGAGGUAAUCAUGAAUCAAAUCGUUGCAAGAAAAUCCGAAGCUGCAUUGACACAACGGAAGGCAAGAGCAAUGUCAUCGCGAUAUGACAUCAAAGAUAUCCGGGGCAGACAAGGUGCUGAAUUUUGGGUCUCUCCAUGUCCUUGUCAAGGCUGUCUCGCUCGGCCCUCUGGAUCAUCACCCAAGUUGACGCUAGCUCUCUGACAUGGCCAACUUCCACCAUCUGUGGCCGUAGCUACCAUUGUUUUUGAAAUCUGCUCCCAUGGUUGGACGGGGCUCGUUGACGAGAUUAUGAGCCAUGACUCGUCGAUUGUCCUCGCUGACUUUCCAUGCCUGCACGAGCCUUCACAGCCGCUGCUGCAGAACGACGUCGGGUAUGGGCAAGAAUCAGUGUCGGACUGCAGCGGUUCGACCCCGCCACUGCUGUUCACUUGAUUGAUACGGUGCUGGGGAAUCGGUGAAGCCAGGUCUAGGAUUGCCUGAGCCCAAGAGAGAUCGGAAAGACGAAGGCGCCUAGUCUUCAUGAGAAUGGCAGCUUUGCAGACACGCUUUUCCA